AUCAGAAUGAACAAGUCACCAAUAAUGUGAAGAGAGGAGGGAUUGUACAGUUACCAAAAUGUUGGCAGAAGCUUGUCUUAACAGAAUUGCAUACAAAGUGAUAACAACUAAUGGCGAACAAAAGCAUCACAGGAAUAAGAUCACAAAUGAAACUACCGACUCUUGUAGACCGGCUGUUGAAAAUACUAAUGGAGAAAGACUGAAACGAGAUACUGUGCUAAAUUCAAGCAGUGAAUCUUCAGGCCUUAGUGAGGAUGAACGCUUUGUCCUAUAUAAACAAGAUCUAGGGAUGACAGCGGUGCAAAGUUCAGAAGCAAUGUAUAUUCCAAAGAAAUUCCAGGAAAAAGAAAGACAGCUGGACUUGUACACAUCUUGGUCUAGCAUGUAUGGGGGUAUAUAUAAAGAUUACCCUGAUCUGCACAUUGGAGGUGAUCAUAUUCUUAAUAAAAAAGAUUCUGGCUGCAUUCUAGAUAUUGAAUGUGAGUCUCAGGAUGGUCCAGUUUUACUGUCCAGUGAUAUAGCACCAGGCCCUGCACCUAUUCCUCAGAUUUUGGUGGAGCCGUCUACAGUAAGCUUCUUAAAUGUUGAAGAGAACAGAGAAAGAAGCACCACACUACUUAAUGCCCCUUUCUCUAACUCAGUCCUGAACGGUUAUAUGGAAAGCAAGAUACAGGAACUUUACAAACAGUUCCUGGACGAACACAUAAUAAGGUUUGGUUCUCAAAGUACUCUGUUUCCCAGCAUCCUAAUGAACAAUGCUAAUCAAAUUGGUUUGCAGAUUUCUCAAGAAAUAAAUAUGGAGUCUGUAAAAGCAAAAGAAGCAUUUCUACAUUACUUGCGUAGUGUUACCAGUGGAGAUAGCUCAGAAUUCUUUACACCUGUCCUACAUAUCUCAAAUAUAGAAAGCCAAAAGAAAGCAUAAGAAAAAUUGACUUUUGUGCUCAUAAUAAGCUGAAUGUUGCCUUAAACAUGUAAUUGUGAAGACCUCCAGCUUCGUUUUGAGAAUGAAUGUAAUAAUGUUAUUGCUACCCUAGAAAAUAGGACUUGUUGCCAUAAUUGGGAAAAAUAUGUCAAUGUUCUGAAAAAUAAGAGAAUUUAAAUAAAGCUGCUGACUUUUGAAAA